AUGUCUACUCGAACCUCAUACGCAACUGCCUCUCUGCCAAUCAGCACCGGCCCCAAAGGGUCCACGGUAUAUCCUCACCACGGGCCGUUUGCUCGCGGCAGCAUCUCCCCUCCAGAAAGCGUUGCUAGCACAUCUGCCACAUCUUCCGGCGGUCCAUCGUACAGUUACAGCAACACGAAUUCCGUCAUUUCCGGAAGUUAUGCGAACAGCGAGCAUGGCUCGACCGCGUCCUCGAGCAACGGCCUUGCCAGCAUUGAUCUCGUAGAGCUCCUGAACGAUCAUCUCUCUGGAGCAUUCGACCCGCUUCCUCUGGACAAGAGCCUCGCCAAGCAAGCCCAGACAUCCGGCGAACUAAACGCCAAGCGCCGCGAACUGCUCGAACUGCAAGCCCUCGCGCAGCGUCGUCUUGCAGCCACAAAGGCCAAUUUCGCCGACGGCAUCAAAGCCGCCAAGGAAGUCCGCCGUGAUCUCGAAUGGACCCAGAAAAAAGUCACAACCCUAAAAGCAAAAACGGAGCGAAAAUACCCCGCUCAAUACCGCACAGCGAGUCAACGAAUUCCUGCACCUGUUGAUUAUUAG